AUGUCGACCACUUCAAGCACCGUGGCUACCCUUAUUGGUGGUGUCGCAGAGGCUCCCCCGAAACUCCAUGCGAAAAAGUCAUCGAUCCACUCUACUGCCCCUAUACAGACAAACAGUCCAAACUGCAGAAGCGUUCCCAGCCUGACGACGACGCCACUCCGACCCUCUCUGAAAAGAAGUGUCACGAGUGGUAGCCAGAGAAGAUCCAUCCCGAGCAAGGUCCAUAUCGACACGCGGGCGUUCAGCGGACAGCCCGCUCUCGACACACCUCGAUCCUUUCAGCAGCUGUACGGCGAGCAGGCCUAUCUCCUGGCCUCCCGCGUAUUGGAGGAACAACGGUCGCGCGAGCUGAUGAGACGCCUUGCCACCCUCCAGGAAAGUCUGGACGGCGAAUGCCCCAGUCACCAGUCCCGCAAGUCGAAGAAACAGUCAUCGCUGCUCAGGGCGAAACUCCUCAGGGCAGCCGAGCAGGAGAAGGCCAUUAUGGGCAGGUUGGGCGAGGUCUUCGUCGAGGUGCAGACGCGGCAGCGCUGGAUGCAGGCGCAGCAGGAACGGCACGCAACCAGCUCGUGGACGCCGACGCCAUGGGCCGUCUGGGAGCCGAUGGCGUCGCCAGUUAGCGGGUUGUUGACGCCUAUCGUGUUGACGCCGACGUGCGCCCCUCUCCUGGUUCCCGAGCCUUCGGUGGGAGCGCAGCUGGAUGCGAAGUCGCCUGAAUUUAUCCCAGGUGUCCCAUUUCUGUUUCCGACGAACGGGCCGGGUCAACAAGGUUAUGGGUGCACCUCGGAGGCGGAUUGUGAUGUGUCCCCUCUCGCCAUGCUGGGCACUGAUGGACUGGCUCUCGAAUCGCUCGGUAAAGCAGACCUGGGAGAUGUACUGGGGAAUCGCGGCCUGGAGUUUGAGUUUGAGAGUGUGGAGACACUGGGAGACGCUGUUCCCACGUUGCAGGAGGCAAAGGCGUGCAGAGGUGGGCGUGAGAGGAGAAUGAGCCUGCCGGGUCUAAGAUGCGUGUGGCCUGGGUCUGGGGUCGAGGGAGCGUUCGAUGACAACGGACGGAAUGCGUAG